CGCAUGCGCAGGUCCAUUCGGGAAUUACUGCCCAGCCGCCGACUAAGUUGCAUUCCUUGAAUCUUCGCAGAAAAGACAAUUCUUUCAUCAGAGUUAGGAAUGUGGACAGUACAAAAUCGAGAGAGUUUGGGGCUCCUUUCUUUUCCUGUGAUGGUUGCCAUGGUUUGUUGUGCACACAGCUCCAAUGAACCCAGCAACAUGUCAUACGUGAAAGAGACAGUGGAUCGACUGCUCAAAGGAUAUGACAUUCGCUUGCGGCCGGACUUUGGAGGGCCCCCGGUGGACGUCGGGAUGCGGAUCGAUGUCGCCAGCAUAGACAUGGUCUCGGAAGUGAAUAUGGAUUAUACACUUACCAUGUAUUUCCAGCAGUCUUGGAAGGACAAGAGGCUUUCAUAUUCUGGAAUCCCAUUAAACCUGACCCUUGACAACAGGGUAGCUGACCAACUCUGGGUACCAGACACCUACUUUCUCAAUGACAAGAAAUCAUUUGUGCAUGGCGUCACAGUGAAAAACCGAAUGAUAAGGCUGCAUCCUGAUGGAACUGUCCUCUAUGGACUACGGAUUACAACCACCGCAGCAUGCAUGAUGGAUCUUCGAAGGUACCCUCUGGAUGAGCAAAACUGCACCCUGGAGAUUGAAAGUUAUGGCUAUACCACUGAUGACAUCGAGUUUUACUGGAAUGGAGGAGAGGGAGCAGUAACCGGGGUCAAUAAAAUCGAGCUUCCUCAGUUUUCAAUUGUUGACUACAAGAUGGUGUCCAAGAAGGUGGAGUUCACAACAGGGGCAUAUCCACGACUAUCGCUAAGUUUCCGCCUAAAGAGAAACAUCGGUUAUUUCAUUUUGCAAACCUACAUGCCUUCCACACUGAUUACAAUUCUGUCCUGGGUGUCAUUUUGGAUCAACUAUGAUGCAUCUGCAGCCAGAGUCGCGCUAGGAAUUACCACGGUGCUGACAAUGACAACCAUCAGCACUCACCUCAGGGAGACUCUGCCAAAGAUUCCUUACGUCAAGGCGAUUGAUAUCUACCUGAUGGGCUGCUUUGUGUUUGUGUUCCUGGCUCUGCUGGAAUAUGCUUUUGUAAAUUACAUUUUCUUUGGAAAGGGCCCUCAGAAGAAGGGAGCAAGCAAACAAGACCAGAGUGCCAAUGAAAAGAAUAAACUAGAGAUGAACAAAGUCCAGGUCGACGCCCACGGCAAUAUUCUCCUCAGCACUCUGGAAAUCAGGAACGAGACCAGCGGCUCCGAGGUGCUCACGGGUGUGAGUGACCCCAAGGCCACCAUGUACUCGUACGACAGCGCCAGCAUCCAGUACCGCAAGCCGCUGAGCAGCCGCGAGGGCUUCGGGCGCGGGCUGGACAGGCACGGGGUGCCAGGCAAGGGGCGCAUCCGCAGGCGUGCCUCACAACUCAAAGUGAAGAUCCCUGACUUAACUGACGUGAACUCCAUAGACAAGUGGUCUCGAAUGUUUUUCCCCAUCACGUUUUCUCUUUUUAAUGUCGUUUAUUGGCUUUACUAUGUCCACUAAAGUCAGUCUCAUGGUUCGGUUUAGACUAUCUUCCUUGGCUUGUUUUCUAACCCCACACUCUCCCAACAGCGAUUACUGCUGUGGUUUUUUGAGGUCAGAGAUUCAGCCAUCCAAUUGGUUUUCAGUAUUGCGUGUCAGUUUUUAUUAUCACACCAUGUUUACUUCAACAACAACAAAAGGUAUUUGUUCGUGUGCGCAGUGGUCCAGGUUUAAGCAUUCCAUCAAUUGCUUUGUUUACAAACACAAAAGGAGAUGGGUGGUAGCUACUGUUGGUAGUCUUUCCUAGUCGCCUUGGAUCUCACUGAAUAAUUUGAAAAUGAAAAUGUACAGUGGACUUGCUGUCCACCUGCACUGUGUUCUGAGAAAGCUGUAAUCAUCUCAUUCUGCCAAAAAAAUAGUAUUUUUUUAAUGACAGAAAAAAAAGACAACUAACUUCAGCAUCUCAGAUGAAUAAAGCCAUUUGACAAAUAGCAGGUUUCCAGGAAGCAGGGAUGUAACAGACAAUUCCCCUCCCCUCUGGAGUUCUCCUGGGUCCCUUCUAGAAAGGCUUCUCGACCCUGCAGAAAAGGGACAUCAAAGCUAGUGUUAGUCACCUCUUUGCCCAAACUCACCCUACCGUGUCCAUCUAAUAAUGACCAUGGCUAUUAUUAAAAGUGUUUCUUUCUCAAACUGCCCAGAUGGUCAAAGGUAGCAUUCGAAAACAACCUGAUCUAUCUGGUAGUCACUGAGAACAUUUUUGUUUUCUUGUCAAGAAUAAGAAGUUUGAGGGACAAUCAAUCUUUUUCUUGCUGACCAUUAUGGGAAGCAGCCUGGCCUUCGUAAAUCUUGGACUCUCUUGAUGCCAUGAAAACUAUGUAGUCAUAUUUCCACAGUCCCUGCUCCAGAAAGAAAGAGAGAAAGGACAUGUGGGGUCCAGCUGGUGAAGGAUUUGAAGGAGGUGAAGACCAAAUUUUUUCCUUGAGAAAAAAAUUGCUAUUUCUCUGAGCAAGGCAAGACUUAUGUGUUAUGAAAAGGUGCCUGGGCAGUUAUCCGCACUGCCAAAUCUUAAGUCAAAUUGUAUGGAUCGCCUAGGCUUCCAGAGAGCAGUGUCUAAUGGUGAUAAGCUCAUCACACAGAACUCUCCUGAAACUUUUUUGUUCUCUUUUCUGAGCUCUGCAUUUCAAACUACAAAAUGCAUGGCCUGGGAAACGCUCAUCCACCAUGUCAGUUUCUUCCUCCAAAGCCAGAUUUCCAGCUUAAAGAGACCUUUAAAGUAGCAAAAUCACAGAGAGAAGAAACUCAUCGCAACAAAACACUGAGCCUUUAAUCAUGUGCACUGGCCCCUGAAGUGUGGACCCUGCCUGUCUACACGCAUUAAUCACUGUCAUUGCACAGCCUCAUCUGUGCUGAUGCGUGAUUCUGGGUCGUGGGUCUCGUGACUUUCAAUAAAGCGACACAAUUGUAAACACGCUCAACAAGCUGCUGCCUAGUCCUUCUCAUUUUCUGCCAUUAAAACCUCAUUUACUUUCAGAAUGAGUUUGUAAAAUUAUAUAUGUCUAUUUGCAAGGUUGAGUGAGGGCACAAAUUGACCAGCCGUGGAUGGAGGCCACGAUCCAUGCAUGUGAUGAGGAAACUGAAGGACUGAUCAAGAUGACUGCCUCGUUUGAUAGUCUGGCUCUCCUCUCCGAAGAGAAUCAAUGUGCAGAGCAGCGAGAGCUGUUACAAUUAUAGUCAAUUGGAAAGGGAAAGCUGGAAUUCCUGAGAAUGAGUCCAAGGGCAUAAUAUGAAAAAUACAUUUAGAAAGUAAGAGGAAAAGAAAACCCUUAAAUCAGCGAGCGUGGCUGGAUGUAAUAGCAGACACUAGUGAAAACAUAAAAGUCCUACUACACCUUAGGAAAAAAAAAACUGAUCACCCCAACUUCUUGAGGAGUGCUGUGAUUUUGAGGACAAAUUCUCAUUUAGGUUUUCAGGAAGUGUAAACACGCUUCCCAGGCUGAGCUAUGCUCAUCCUAUGGUCACAGGGUCAUCCAUGGGAAGCUCUGGUCGGUUGCCAAGGCUGAGAUGCCAUACCAUGUGCAAUGCCAGGGCAGAGUAGAAUGGAAUGGGGUUUCCUGUCACCAAUGAAUACCCAGGAACUACCAUGCGGCCGUUUAUUUUAAAUAUAGGAAGGGAAAUAUGUGCCUGAUGUUGAACAGAAAUUAAUCAUUAUGAUGUCAAAACUGUUUAAAAGGCUUUCAAGAAAGAAAUACUGAAUCAGCCGGGCGGUGGUGGCGCACGCCUUUAAUCCCAGCACUUGGGAGGCAGAGGCAGGCGGAUCUCUGUGAGUUCGAGACCAGCCUGGUCUACAAGAGCUAGUUCCAGGACAGGCUCCAAAACCACAGAGAAACCCUGUCUCGAAAAACCAAAAAAAAAAAAAAGAAAUACUGAA